GCGGGUUGGGGGUCAGUAUAUAAAGUGGCGCUUCAUCCAGGCAGCGCCACACUCGUCGUCGCCGCCGCCGCCGCCAUGAGGGCUCUGCUUGCUGCCGUAGCUGUGGUGUGUUGCAGUGCCGUACCAGUGCGACACAAAGUAUGGAAGACUUAUCUUUACUUUGAGAACACAAACCCAGCAGUGGUCAAGAUACCAAAGCCAGACAUCAACCUCGUCGAAACUUUCGAUACACAGAGUGUCUCUGGCGUGGUGUCGGGCCCCGCGGUGAACUCGCCCGUGCCCUCUCCCGUUCUAGUGAAGCGUCUCGAUGCACCUCCCGCCGAGGAGGAGGUGCCGCUUAGUCCCGUCCUUCAGAAGUCCCCGGUCCCUGUCCCAGUCCCCGUCCUCCUCACACUGGAGCCUGUCGAGGAUCCCAAAGACGAUACAGUCUCUGUUCCUGGAAAGGAAUUGGUCGCGGACGAACUUGCUGAUGCUCAAGUGGUUGCAGUUGGUACUCCCGUGGUGGUGGCGGCUGCACCAGAACCCCUGGAAGCUCCAGAGCCGCCUAUGCCUUCUCUGAGCAUACCCUUCGUGGGAGGUCAGUUCCAUACACAGGAUGAGCUGAAGCAGUACUCCUUCGGCCACUGGGGCGGCCCCAGCACCCGCGUGGAGACCAAGGACGCCUUAGGCCGCACUCACGGUAGCUUCGCGUACGUCAAUCCCGACGGAGAUGUGCACGUGAGGAAAUACGCGGCGGCUCCCACCAUGGGCUUCAAGGUAGCUGCCUCAGACCUGCCCGACGACACGCCCGAGGUGGCCACGCUGAAGGCCGCUCAUGAACAAGCUCAUCUUGCCUUUUUGACUUUUAAAGAGGAAAUGGGCUGAACUUUGGACUCUUGUACAUAAUGUGAUAGCAUGCGGUGUGUAUGAUGAAUGAAUGCAUAUGUAAUGUGGAAAGCAUGUUCUGUGUGAUGAAUAAAUGUAUGAUGUAGAA